GGGUCACGCGUCCCUACCAGCACCGUUCAUCAAUAUUACAGCUCCCAGCCUCCGCAAUGUUCUACUCACAUGAGGUUCUCACUUCACGCAAGUAUGGUGUGGCCACCGUUUGGCUCGUCGCGACUCUGGGAGCGAAGUCUUCGCUGAAGAAAGUCACGCGAAAAGCCAUUCUCAACGUCGAUGUUGCAAAGGCAUGCGACACAAUCGUGGCUCCCGAGGCGCCCAUGGCUCUCCGAUUGCAGUCCAAUCUGCUUUACGGUGUCGCCCGAGUCUACGCGCAACAGUGCGGCUACGUCUUGGCAGACGCUGAAGCUGCACGGAACAAUUUGCGUGCCAUAUCCCGGGUCAUCAAGCAAGCUGAGUUAGGACCAGAGGGUGCGAACAAGGCUCGCGCCGACGAGCUCAUGCUCCAAGACGAUCCCAACUUUGCUCCGGACCUCGAUUUUGUGGUGGCUGAUCUCGAAAUGCUCAACAAUAAUCUCAUGGCCGAGACCCAGCAGUUCAGCCAGUCUCCGAAUGGGAGCCGAUCGCUUACUAAUGCCUCCCAGCAGAGCAUCGGAGGACUGAUGAUACCCACAUCGAACAACUCAUUCGGCGGCGGUCCUGUUGGUGGUCGGGAUCUGUUUGGUGUGCGUGGCGAUUCGGGUCAUGGAACUGCAAAGACCCCAGCGCGACUGCUAGAUGAUGACGACCUCGGUCUUGACUUGGGCAUGCCAGUCAUGAGCUCUGGCCCAGUACGUCAACCACGCGGACCAGCCACGGGAGCUGACCGGACAGAUCCAGCGAGAGACGCCGAGCGGAUUCAGAGCGAACAUGCUGAUCAGCCAAUGAUCAGCCAGGACGAGGAUCUCAUGCCACCUGACGAUGCAUAUAACCUCGCGAGCGACCACGGUCAGGAUCCCACGCAAGAGGCUCAAGAUCAGACUCGACACGAGACCACCUCGGAGACUGCCACAGCAACGAACAUGAAACAGGCACGCAAAGUCGCUAAGAAGGUGAUCCAAAUGGACAUCACCACUUCGAUGGGGAACAGGAUGCUCAACGAACAGAACCAUAACUACCUGGAUAGGAUGCGUGAUGAAAACCACAAGCAUCAACAGAGAAAGCUGGCCGCAAUUGCAAAGAGGAACGCGGAGCUUUGGGUCUUGGGCACUGGUACCAUUCUCGCACAGGGUAUGCUUGGCCCGCUGGACAUGUUUUCUGGUGCGGCACUCCUCAACGCUUUCAUAGGCGUCAACCUCACCGGGGGCACAAAACGAUCCCGUGAUGAGGCCGAAAGCUCAGAGGACAGUGAAGCGAAGCGUUCGCGCAACACGCCAACGCAUGAUAUUGGCCGCAGGCUCGAGAUGCAGACUGCAGGUAGUGACGAAUUCCUCAUGGUUGAUGAUGACACCAUCGAGCGCGGACGAGAAGCCCCAACACCACUUGACGAUCGCCAGCUGUCAAGCUUGUUACCGUGGAAUCAAAGUCACGGUUCUCGUCGACCGACUGAUGUCAACCAGCCAACUUCAGCAUCCUUUGGAGGAGGUCCGUUACUCAACAUCACCGGCCGUCGUGGCAGUCGUCUCACCACCGCUUCGCCACUCGUGGGUCGCGGCGCCGUUGGCGAUGAGCUCGACGAUUUCCAGCUGGCUCCUGGAUCAGAUAUCAACAUGACUGGUUUGAACGAUGAAGAUGAGUUUGCGCUGUACGGUGUGGCAGCGCAAGUCGAUACUCAGACUGCCGCCCAGACUCAGUGGCAGAAGACUGCACUCACUGGCGAGAGCGCCAACUUUCUCGAGUUUGUGCAGACUGCCAUUGAUGAACAAGAAGACCGCAACCAGGGCGAGAAUGUCGAUUUCGAGACCCUGCUGCCACCAAGAGAUAACAGCCACAUCGUAGCUGCUCAGGCCUUCCUGCAUGUACUGAGCCUAGGUUCGAAAGGUGCCCUGAGGGUAGGGCAAGAGGAGCCUUUCGGGCCUCUUGUUUUGGCCGUCGACGUUGGUGCGGCAUAAUGCAUUCACAAAGCCGAAACGAUGUCUGCGAUGAUCGUCCUGCGGAGAGGACAACAAGCAAUGUUCAGCAAAUUUUUUUGGAAGCAAGUCAUGGUAUCACAGCAACUGUGACAGAAGAAAAAAAGUAACUGUAAAGAGGAGAGACAAAAAGCUGUGAAUGAAAAAUAU